AUGAACAAUGAAGUCAUGUCCGGAAUGAAUAGAAUGAAUAUGAAUGGCAAUGGUGGUAAAGUUGUGUUUAGAAAGACAACUAUCUUUCAACUUAUCACUGGUACAUAAUAACUUGUAUACAGUGUAUUAUUUUGUCCAGGUAAUUGUCAUGCUAAUUCUUUCAUUAUGAAUUUGUUUAGAAAUGGCUUUGAAGAAUCAUAAAGGAACAGAGAGUGAGGUGGUUCAGAUUUGUUCCAGACUGCUGAAAUAUGCACCAGACAGAAAAGGUGGCGGAGGGUGCAAAGAAAACUCUGCAUGA